AUCAGAGUUUAGUGCUAAGGGAGUGGGUAUUUUGUGACCGCGAGCGUUUCUUUUAUCAUAAAUGGUUUUGACAUGACACUCCAAACACAUAUUUUGAAUUCACGCCCCACGGAAGAGCAAUCACGAGCCGCCACUGCUAUACACAAAGGGGUGCUGCACACCAAAAAAGUUUGAGAACCACUGCUUUAUGGAACAAUACAGCCUGACAAAGCCCAUUUUAGGAAGAGUGUGGUGGUAAAAAUGAUAAAACCUUAGUAAAUGUAAAAAACAAAGUAUGGUUCAAAUUAUAAUUGAUUCUAUUGAUCCAUAGUGUGUCUGAAAAUGUACAGCUUUAUGGGUGGUGGAUUGUUUUGUGCCGGGGUGGGGAACAUACUCCUGGUGAUCUCCACUGCGACUGAUUACUGGAUGCAGUACCGCCAGGCCAGUAGUUACAUGAAUCAAGGUCUGUGGCGCUACUGUGUACCUGGAAAAUGCAUGACACACACAGACAGCAUCGCAUAUUGGGACGCUACCCGGGCAUUCAUGAUUUUGGCUAUCUUAGCGUGUUUCUUCGGCCUCAUCAUUGGUAUAAUGGCUUUCAUGAAUUACUCUUUUGAUGGGUUUGACAAAACCUUCACUGCAGGAAUUCUCUACUUCAUUUCAUGCUGCUUCGUGCUGUUGGCCAUGGCUGUCUACACUGGGAUGACGGUGAACUACUAUGGAAAACGUUAUGGGAAUUGGAGGUUUUCUUGGUCGUACAUAAUGGGAUGGGUGUCAGUGGUGCUCACCUUCUUUUCUGGGAUUUUCUAUAUGUGUGCUUACCGGAUGCAUGAACCCAGAGGUCCCAUGCCACGCUGAUGCAUCUUAACCCUGCUAUCUUGAUCCAUUCAGUUUGAAGCAUCAUGUCACCCCUGGUCCUCUUAUUUUAGAUCUGCC